AUGGCUAGAUCUUCGGCAUCUGCCACGUGGAAUUGCGGAUCGAUGAGACUAGAAAUGACAGAGGACUCUAAUGAUAUCGUAAUUGGUGACGCUUUCCAGAUUUCAGCAUCUUUAGUCUGUUCAUACCAACCUCGUUCUCGAGUUGUGCGGGUUUCGGUUCCUCAGGCGAAGUGGCUAUCGCCGCAGCUUCUAGUCAAGACGCUUCGAGUUGGAGACAUGAUUCAACAAGAAGCGGAGGAGGAAUUGGGUAUUUUCAAUGUCUCAAGACGCACCAAGAUGGGGGGAUAUUUGUCGCAAGAAGUUAUAAUGAUUCGAAAUCCUCGAAAGCCAUGGAGGAUCAAGUUAGCGGAUUGUGGUCGUGAUAUAUGCAUCAUGCCUUUUCAUGUAAUGUAUGGGACUCAACUUUAUCUAGAGACAACUCGAGCUUUUGCUCAGCACUGUUUGGCAGUAAUUAAAGUUAAGUGGCUUUAUCUCCAGCAUCCGAAAGCUCUUAGACAGUUAUAUAUAGCAUGUGUGACCAGUAUAGCCGAUUACGCAUCAGUGAUUUGGUGGAGAGGCCAAGCCCAUUUCAAGGAUAUGAUGCAAUCACUUCAAAAUCUAGCUCUUCGAAAGAUAUUAGGAGUAUUCAAAACUGCUCCAAUUCCUCCAAUGGAAGUAGAAGCAGGCUUAAAACCCUCAAAAAUUCGAUUAGACUCGAAUAUUAGGCAAUACGCAUUCCGUUUAGCUAAACUUUCACCAAAUCAUCCAAUCAAUAUCGAAAAAGCAUCACUAAUCCAAUAUCAAGCCAAUUUGGAUGCGAUCUCUACCCCUCGAAGAAAACGAUAUAAACCUACUCAACUGGAUAAAAUCAAAGAAUCGAUAAACCAGGACUUCAACCCUUCCUCACUCGAAAAGAUCAUUCAUUUUAACUUCCCCCCAUGGAAAAGAGAAACCCCCUUCCGAGUUAACAUUAGCAAUUCGUCAAAAGAAGAUGCUGCCAUUCUUCAUAAUAUUGUUUUCAAACAUAGGGAUAAAGAUACCACCUAUAUUUACACUGAUGCCUCCUCCACCGAAAAGGGAAUAGGUAUUGGAGUAGGCAUAGUAGCUAUACAAUCAAAUAAUCGAAUUCUAUAUCAAGAGCGAAGCAAUAUUGGUACUAAUCAAUUGGUAUAUAAUGGAGAGCUUUUUGGAGUUACAAGAGCUAUUGAAUACGCUAGCUCAAUCGCUUAUACUGGUCAAAAGUUCAAAAUCUACUCGGAUAAUCAAGCUGGUUUAUACCGCUUAAAAACUCCUUCAGAUCACCCAGGACAAGCCAAUCAGAUAAGAGCGAUCAAAGCAGCAGAAGUUAUCAGAGCAAAAGGAGCCGAAAUCUCCUUAAAUUGGGUUCCUGGUCAUACCUCAGUUGAAGGAAAUGAGCUAGCAGAUAAGCUAGCCAAGGAAGCAACCACAAUACAACCUACCUCGAACGAAACAAGCUUUGGACUACUAGGUAUGACUGUCAAAGAAUAUGCCUCAGAUCAAUGGCUUGAUACUCUCAAACAAUACGAACUCAGAUCAAACCAAUCCCCAUCAACUUACUCGAAGCUAUUUCCAUGGAAAAUAGGUUCCAAAAUCAAGCUACCAAGCGGAACUACUCGAAAUACUGCUAGCGCAUUCUUUCAACUCAAAUUAGGUCACGGAUAUAUCAAAUCCUACUUACAUCGUUUCAAACUCACCAAUAACAAAUGUAUAUGCAGUAAUAUUGAGGCACCACAACACCUCCUUAUUAGCUGUCCUAUAUAUAAAACAAAAAGAAAAGAGAUCUUUAAGAAGAUACCAUUAUCCAAAAACACUAUACAAUUCCUAUUGCAUACAAAAAUAGGUAUCGAAUUAGCUAUCAAAUUUAUCAAUAUCACUAAAAUCGCUACAAGGGCAUGGCAUCUAGCAAGGACUCUUGAACAAGAAGUAAUAGAGGAAGUAGUAGUGGAAGAGGAGAGAGGAGAAGAGAAUGAAGAAGAAGCAGUUGAGGAAAUAAGAGAGGGGUUUGACCUCCUCACAAUUUCUUGA